AUGGAAACCAAAAUCCUAAGUUCAUAUCAACUUCCCAGGCCAACUGGAAAGCUAUUGAUCAUAUGUGUCGUAUCGAGUGAUUGGGUGGCGGUGAAAGUGCUUUCGAAUCGAGUUCACGUGUUUUUCAAGGAGACCCUUAAAGAGAUUUGGAAUUUCUCGGAGGAUCCAGUUGAAAUUUUGCGAGAUGGAUUAUACAUGUCUUUGGAUGCACAGAUAGAUUCAUCAGCUAGUUUUCUCGUUUUAACCUCCGAUGGAUCUAUAUGGCGUAUACAAUCAUCGGUGCAGAAGAAAAGGAGGAGCCUCGAGGCAGGAUUGAAUGAAAACAUAGAUUCGCCUUUACGUCAAGUCAGAAGAGUUAACGAAGUUAGCGGUGAAAAUGCUGCAUUACAGCCUUUGGCACCAAUAACAACACCCAGUAAUGAUCUUUCCACGGAACUUCAUUCGUGUCUUUCACCACCAUCAAUAGUCACUGUCACUGAAUCGCACAAGAAAGAUAUUUGCGAAUUACGAUCAAGUUACCUUUUCAAUACCCAUGGCAUAGUGAUGAUGUGCCAGGACGGGGAGAUAGGAUUCCUCUCUUUAACCAAUCAAAUUCCCACCAAUCAAAUAAUACGUCACCCUGAAAUGUCGACUCGAAGCGACUCUCAAAGUCGCGAAAUCACUUGUAGCUUAACUGGGAACAUAGAUGAUUCAACCUCCAAUUCCCCGUCGCCUAUAUCCAGUGAACUGGCGCUGAUCGCUUUCGGGGCCCCAAAUUUGCAACAGGAAAUGUUGCUCACAGGGUACUCAAAUGGCCUGAUAUGUUACCAGUCAUUGGUUACGAAUGCAUCAUCCCCGGGUGUUGUGACUGCCUUGAAAGAACCCAUUCAGUCAAUAUAUACUUUAUCGCUAAAACGUGAACUAGUCGAUGAAUCAAGGGUGAUUAGGAGGACGCCUGCUACCGAAAAACUUCAUAAUGCGUUUCUUAUCGUGGGAGCACAAUGUACCAUAGCUUUAAUGGCUGCCGUGAAAGGGUCAAGUGAAGAUUCGAACAAAAAGUCUAUAGCAUAUAAGGAAUAUUAUGUUCCUGAACCGAUUUAUUCGUCAUUCCUAUUCAGGCAUUUGAUGAAUAGAUCGGAAAUGGAGAGUGAAAUCAAAGUCAAGUUAAAUAAAAUUGCGGAAUUAUCGGCCCUGCAGGAUGAAAUGGAAAAGACCAACGAGCUCCUAAAUGAGGCCAUAUCUGCAAGAAAUAUGAUAAUCCCAGAGUUUCAGCGCCUCUACAAGAGACGUGAUUCUGCGACGGAUAAUAAGAACCCUCCUUUGAAAGUUGAAUUAAUUGUUCGAAUGAUGAAUCUUAAUCCGCCGGAUCCUCGAUCAUCUAAAAAUUCCAAGGAUUCGUUCCCCGUGAUGUCUUACUCAGUAUCACUGGGAGAUAUGGCGGUGAUCUGGGAACGAGACAUCGAGAUAAACUUAAGAUUUCUUCAAUUUCCCAUCUUGAUAAAACUUGGCAUGUGUUUUUCGCCUCCUACACCAACCGGCGUGUCAAAUGAAGGGCACUAUCAAUCGAAAUCCAGUUAUUUCUCAUUGGUUAAUAUUCAAUAUGAUAUAUUGGAUUUCAUAAAACCGUGUUCCGUUAAUGCCUUGCAGCGUUUGCAAAAUGAAAGACAUUUUGCCGUCUAUCCGGCCAUGCCCGAGUUUGUCUCGUCACUAGAUGGAGAUUUCUUUGCAACCAAGAGUGAUUUCAGGAGAACAUUGGAAUCGAUCAUUAGCAUUCACGGAAGUAAUACGAUCAGGGAGGAUAAACCAAUUUCCGAUUUUAUAUCGUCACUUAAUUGUGGUUCCGCUGCAAUCAAAUUUUUUUUGAGGGCAGGCAGUAAUGGCGACUCCAAGCAAACAGAUUCGGCGGAUAUUGGCAUCGAUAGCGCGUUCGAUCGCUCUAAAUUACAGGAAAUAGUUAUCAAGUCCGACUAUGCUGUAUUCACCACUCCAUUGAGUUUGGAACCCGUGAUUAUAAAUUUCAAAAGAUUAGUAGAUGGAAAUUGCAUAAACAAACCAGUUCCAUCAAAUUCCAUACCAGUAGAACUCAGAAUCAAAUGCAGCUCAGUCGAGAUUUUACUACUCGUGGAGGAAGCCAUAUUGACGAGACUCGAAGAUUUCUCUUUGAAAGAUGAGGAGGAUGUGAUGGAAACCGAUGAGCCGGCCCGCCCCCUUGUUGACCAAAAAAUGAAAGAUAAAAUUUUCAGCAUCCGACAUAAACGUGAUGAUUUGGUGAAAUUGCACGAGAUUCAUGCGGACCCGAAUGUUGAAAAUCCGGUGGCAUGGGAAGACUUGUUAAAGAUGGCCGAACAAUUGGAAACGGACAUUAAGGAGGUGGUUGUCACAGUGAGAAAUGGAAUGGAUGGCAUGUGGUUAAAUGGAGUCGUCGAAUUGUAG